UUACUGUGUUUCAUUUGCCCUUGAACCCCCAAACCCCGGAGUCCAGGUCCUCUCCGACUCGUGUUGCAUCCACUGUCUACUCUCCAAUUUCAUCAAUCUUGAUGGGACCGUAGGAUGAGCCUCCCAAAUUGCAGUGAGACCAUGGCAUGGUCUUUCCGGAAUAGGCGAUGUGACAUGCAUGCUAUACGAAGGGAGUAUACGGAAAAUUCGGGUCGAUCUACCCCGUAUUCAACUUGAUGUCUAGACUUUUUCUAUCAGGGGAAGUCGUGAUGAACAGGCAGGGUUAUGCAGGGAUGACUAAGGAAUGCACAAGGAUCCCAAUCCGCAUGCCAACAAAACACGAACGAUGUCUGGAUCGACGUUUCCUCUUAUCUUUUCUGGAUGAGCUGCUUCAUUGGCGCAGAAGGCGUGUCUGGCUCUCAAAUUGCGAAUCUGCCAGACACGGCACUACUGCUAGAGCGACAAUGAUACGAUCCAUAGAUUACCCUCGUCGCUUGUGUUACUGUCCAUCCUCGCGAGAAUGUCUGUCGUUCAAUCAGCACAAUCAUCCGGUUGUCCUAGAUCGCCGGUUUAUGAGACCCGGUUCCCGUCGCGUACAUAGAGUGGUAUACGAGAACGACCUCACCUCUAUCACGUUUUCACAUAUAACAAAGUCUCUACGUCUGGCAGGCGUAAUUAUUCCAACAAGGACUGGUUCUCUAUCAUGUCCUGGUUUCGAAGGGGUACUCGCUCGGUCGCGGUGAAUCGCUAGCAGCUGCGUGUGGGAUACACAACAUGCUCCACGGAGCUCUGUCAAGGAUGGGUGUCGCCUCGACUGCCCAUAAUCUAUGCUGUUCGGGACGUGUGCCAUCGCAAGCAUCGACCGGUGGAUAAGCACAAAUGCGAUUGGGUCGUCAUGGGCGAUUCCCAGCGCCAGACGUGAUACAAAAAGCGAGCGCAACGAUGGAAUAACUGGGUGUGGGAUAACAGUUACAGUGCUUGUUCAGAAUAUCAAUCAGUUGGAUGGGAUUUU